GAACGUCUCCUUUUCCCCAACCAUCACUGUACAGAAAUCGAUUCAAGAAAAAAAUUCUUAUGUUGAAAUUCCGUUUGGUAUAAUACUUUGAAAAGCAGAAAAUAACCCUUCAUGUCCGGCAGAGUAUGUGUGAUCUGUGGCGAGGAGCCGCCUUUGAAGGAUCAGCAGGGCAACGAGGCGUAUGCGUAUCCCAAGACCACGGAGGAGGCCAGGAUCUGGCAGGCCAGCAUGGCGGCCAAGAACUGCUGCCUCGAGAGCAUCCAGAAGCAGUGCUGCGUCUGCGUGGAGCACAUUCCAGACUUCGUGAAGCGGGCCAAAAAAAUCGGAAGGAGGCUGAAAAACUUCGAGCGGGAAAAAGAUCAGCCGCUCAAAGAAAAAGCGACGGCAGAGGCGGCUGUGGGCUGCCAGUGUCCUGAUAAAGGAGAGCCAGGCUUGGAGCGUCCUUCGGUCAAUGUCCUUCUCCUGAACGGAGCUUCACUGCCCACGUAUUGCGGCCAGGGGCAGCCCUGCGCGGAUUUGGGAUCACAGCCAGGGAAAGAGGGUAACUCCGAAGUGAAGAAGACCAAGCGGUUAAAUCCCAAGGAAUCGGACACGGAGAUCUUUGUGCAGGAGUCGGAAUUUAAGGACACCGGUGGAACCUUUCCGGAUAUCGACGGGACCGAGGUCACCCGACUGCGUACUCCCAUGCAGGAGGAGGAGCAGCUGGAGAAGAUUCAGAAAGCCCUUCGGGAUGCGGAACAGGAAAAGGACCCGAGUGUCAGGAAAUGCCGCAACAGCUGCCUGCCGGGCUGCACGGACGUCCUUCUCCUGGGCCGCGGUCACCAUCCCACGGACGAGUGUCCCUGCAAGUGCGACCAGUGCACGAGGCCGCCCGCUCUGCCAGAGAACGGAGAGCCCUGCUGCCAACCGGAGUGCUGUGAGGACUACCAGCCGGAGUACUUCACCCAACCGCCGUGUGGCUGCGAGUGCGAACAGCAGGUGCGCCGGGAACUCACAAAGGUGAUCAAGUCGCAGGCGCAAAAGAUUCGGGAGCUGGAGAAGAUGCUCUGCAGGCAGAAUAAUCUGCGCAACUGUUUGCAGAAGAAACUGGACGAGUUGUACUGCGAGUUCGGCCGCUUGGACGAGGAUGCAGACAAUCGAUCGAGGCUAAGCUGCCCGGAUAGUGACCGUGGCGCCCCCGAUUGCUACUCCGUGUUGCAUCCACCACCACCGCCACCACCUCCGGAACCUGAAAUAGUAAUUCACGAGCGCAGAAAAACCAAGCAGAACCGCAAAAUAACGGUGAUGAAGGCCAAUCGCGAGAUGGAACUCUCUAAACAAAAAGAGGAACCUUUGGCGGAAGAAAGAGGCGAACGGGUCCACUGGUUCGCGGAGAGAAAAAAGGACACCGACAAACGCACCAAUAUUCCUUUGUGGACCCAGAGGAGAGAAGCAGAAAAGAUUGAUUCGGGAAGCAAGAUCUCAAUCCGAUUUGGGCAGAACAACACCUAUAUAGUGCCAGUGGAAAACGAUUCCCUAUCCACUUACUCCCUCUCGAACUCCAGGCACUCGAAGCACUCCAGCUCCAGUGUUUCCAUGUCCAACAGAUCCCGUACUUGAUGUUCCCGUCAGACAUCCGUAUAUACAAGUAUAUCCCCCCCUUUUGACAACCCCACUGUCCUGUGCAAUCAUGCAAAUAAAAAUAUAUUCUUUUUUCCGGCUC